AUGCAUUUCUAAAGAAGAGGAAUUAUGAAUUAUUCUUACUCUCUUGGAGAUAUUGUUGGACGUGGAUUCAGUUCAAUUGUAUACAAAGGAAUAAAUGAUCUUACUUAAGAAGAAGUAGCCAUUAAGGUAUAUUAAAUAAGUUAAUCAGGUUAUUUAAAGAUAAAUAAGUGAUUAAAUACCACUUAUUCAAAAUGAAAUAACAAUACUUUCAAAAUUGAAAGGAAAUUAUAUACUCAAACUAUAUGAUUAUUUUUACACUAAAAACAACAUUUAUAUAAUAACUGAAUUAUGCAAAUAGGGAGAUUUAUAAUCAUAUAUAAAGAAACACGGUAAAUUAAAUUCAAAUAUUGCUAUACAAAUUAUAAUUUAAAUUAUAUAUGGCAUCGCAUCUAUGUAAUCAGAAAGUAAAUCAUAUUUAAUAUAAUAAGACAUAAUUCAUAGAGAUUUAAAACCAUAAAACAUACUAAUAUCUGAUAAUACUAUAAGAAUAGCAGAUUUUGGAUUUGCAAAAUAAAUGUCACAAUUAGGAUCUGAAAUGAAUGUUGGAACUCCUUUAUAUAUGAGUCCUGAAACUUUAAUAAGAAAUUAAUAUCAUUUAAAAAGUGACAUUUGGAGUUUUGGUGUAAUGGCUUAUGAAAUAUUAUUUGGUAUUCCUCCUUGGAGUGCUUAAAAUGAGAGAGAUUUAAUUUAUGAAAUAACAAGAAAUUAAGUUAAUAUUCCAGAUAUACCAGAAAUACCUGAAUAUAUAAAACAAUUAAUUCAAACUUGUUUGGUUUUUGAUUUAAAUUAUCGAUCCAGCAUAUCUGAUAUCCUUAAUAGUAGAUUAUUCGUUAAACAAUAGAAAAAAAAUAAUUUUAAAACUGUAAAAGUUGAUAGAUUGGCCGCUCCUGUUAUUCCAAAAAUUACAAAAACAGAUUCUGACUAAUUUAUCAUAAUUGAUAAUACAAUACAAGGAUAUUAGAAUUAUUUUAAUGUAAUUAAAUUCAUUUUAUCUGAAAAUUACAAAUUGAUUUCACCUUGGUUAAAAGAGAAAUUAUGUAUAUUAUCAGCAAAACAUUUGACUAUUUUAUCAGCAGCACUUAUUAAUUUAAUUUCUUCUGAUUCAAAUAAUGGAGAAAAUAAAAUAAAAUAAUAAGGAUUAGAUUAAGUCUGUUAAGAUAACUCAAAAAUUUAAUUAAUUUUUUAGAAUCAAUUAAAUAAGGUUAGUAGUAUUCCUGAAUUUUCUAAUGAUAUUAUAAAAUAUGAUUAAGAAUUUUCUCGUUUAAUAAAUAAUUUAACUAAAGAAGGAUUAUUAUCUUAUAUUAAAUUAAGUAUUUAAGAGUUGAAUCAUGAUUUAUAUACAAAAAUAAAACUUUAGAAUGUGAUAUAAUAUACAAAAGAGUUGUAAAUUUUGAAAACAUUAUCGCAAUAUUAUGAAAUUUUAUAUAAAUAUGGAUUAUUGCCUUAAUUUAAUUAAAAUGAUUUACUAUAAUUUUUAGAUUAAAUAACUCAUAAUUCAAAAUAUCUUAUUGAAUAUAGACAUUUUUUAGAAUUAAGAUAUGAAAUUAAAUAAAUUUUGAAAUGA